AUGCAAUUUCCAUCAUUCCCAUUUCUGGGUACAUUUUCUAUGCUUCCCACAGAAAUCCGCCUGAUGAUAUGGGGGCACCUCUUCUCAUCCCUCCGCAUACAACCACUCAAGGACAGCCUUCGCAAAGACAACCCCCUAUCCAUUCUCUGCACCAACCGAUACCUAUAUAAUGAGAUAUCCUCUCAUCUAUUCGACAACUCCGUCCAGCACAUCUUACUAGACCCUGAAUAUAAGGAGGAGGAGUGGAUGGUCAUCCAACUGAGGUUCAGAACCUUGGAUAUCGUGUGGACACUCAGGAACAAAGCGGCAGUCGAAAGACAUUUCCACAACUUCCCUCAUUCAAAAACGACGAUAAAAGUACACAUUAAUUCUCCAAAUCCGACAGACCCGGGCCAAGUAGUGUGGCUUUGGCAGAAAUCCAACGUUCUAGUCGAUCUUCUGAUUCCUCUGUCUCAGCCCAUCAUAGAUCUGACCACAAAUGGUCCAUGGCGGUCACAACAUCCGCCAACCCACUGGCGCAACGUAAAGCGAUUUUACGAGAUGGGUGGUCUACGGGAGUCAAUCGAGUCCAGCAAAUACCGACCUGACUACGACAUUGCCAUGUUACCCUUCAUUCGUCUGGAACUAUGGAUCAAAGAUCCCGCAACAACUAUUCCCGCGAUGUCAGAUAAGGAGUUUGACGUCCUAUACCGGCGCAUGGUGUCUUUAUUCGAUCAAGCCGGCAUCGAAAUCAGAUUGGGGAAGCUUCUUUCCAUUACCCAAGAUACUGCCGUCUCCCAGAUUGAAACCGCAAUCGUCGAUACCAACCUGUUCUUGGAAACUAGCCUGGACGAGCUGCCAGGCGCAACAGCCAGUUUCCUUCGUCGUGAGCGAUUCAAAGACUGGUUCGAGGAUGGCAAAAGCUGGAAAUCGCUAUAUGAGACGCAACUCCGAGACCAAUUAAGUACCUAUCCCUGGGUUAUCAUCAACUCGGAUCCCUGGCUCUAUCGAUCGAAUCAAAGAUACAUCGUUCUCAUUCUACUACACCAUGCCAUGUAUGCGCUGAAAUCAAAUUUGUACGAUGGACUUGGAAUCCAUGACGAGUCAAUCAUAUAUAUGCGCUGGAACUCGGAACUGUGGUUGGAGUUAUUUCCACAAGGGAUCCCACAGCUCAGCGAUAUUCAGACCUGGCUUGCAAGGUUCUGGUCUGAAAAGUACCAGUUUCGAAAAUUUCAUGUCUAUGUGGAUUGGUUAGGUCAACAAAGGGCGGAGGAAAUUGGACUUGAGGAAUGCAAAUGUUCACUUAUACACCGUUUGACUUUGUGGGGCCAUUGA